AUGGCGGCGGCCGAGCCCGCGAGCUCGGGCCAGCAGGCGCCGGCGGGGCCGGACCCGCGGCCGCCGCCGCCGCCCCAGCCGCCGCCGCCGCCCCAGCCGCCGCCCCCGCCGCUCGCGGGCGGCCGCGGGCGGCACGAGAAGAGCCUGGGGCUGCUCACCACCAAGUUCGUGUCGCUGCUGCAGGAGGCCAAGGACGGCGUCCUGGACCUCAAGGCGGCUGCAGAUACUUUGGCUGUGAGACAAAAAAGAAGAAUUUAUGAUAUCACCAAUGUCUUGGAAGGAAUUGACCUGAUUGAAAAGAAGUCAAAAAAUAGUAUCCAAUGGAAAGGUGUAGGCGCUGGCUGUAAUACUAAAGAAGUUAUAGAUAGAUUAAGGUAUCUUAAAGCUGAAAUUGAAGAUCUAGAACUAAAGGAGAGAGAACUUGAUCAGCAGAAGUCGUGGCUACAGCAAAGCAUCAAAAAUGUGAUGGACGACUCCAUUAAUAAUAGAUUUUCCUAUGUAACUCAUGAAGACAUCUGCAAUUGCUUUCAUGGUGAUACACUUUUGGCCAUUCAAGCACCUUCUGGUACACAGUUGGAGGUUCCUAUUCCAGAAAUGGGUCAGAACGGACAAAAGAAAUACCAGAUCAACCUAAAGAGUCAUUCAGGACCCAUCCGCGUGCUGCUUAUAAAUAAAGAGUCCAGUUCGUCGAAGCCCGUGGUCUUUCCUGUGCCCCCACCUGAUGACCUUACACAGCCUUCCCCUCAGCCCGCAAACCCAGUGACGCCACAGAAAACUGGCCCAGUCGCUCAGGAUCUGCCCGAGCAACGCGUCUCGGACAAAAGCCAGAGUCUGCAACACACUCCAGCCACAGACUUGCCUACGGGAUCUGUGAGUGGAGAUAUCAUUGAUGAAUUAAUGUCUUCCGACGUGUUUCCGCUCUUAAGACUUUCUCCUACCCCUGCCGAUGACUACAACUUUAAUUUAGAUGAUAAUGAAGGAGUUUGUGAUCUGUUUGAUGUCCAGAUACUAAAUUACUAGUCUAUGGAAACUUGGGACUGUUAUCUACCUCUAACUGUGUACAUUUUAGACUUCCUUUAACCUAAGUAUUUAAGAUAAUGAAUGUAACACCUGUUUAGUUCACUGAUUCUGAACUAUACUUCUUAAUACUUUUCUUCCCCUUUGUGCUGCCGGGGAUUGGACCCGGAUUGGACCGAGGGCUCCGAGGCUAUACUCUGCCACUAAGCCCCACCCCUGGCCCCCAGCACAUAUUUUUUUUUACUUCACAAAACUUCCCCCAUAAAUACAAAGGGCUCUGCUUGCUUCAGGGGUAAAGUGACUUAAUAUCCACUAGCCCCCAACCCCCUUCAAGUGCUUUAUAUUUUAGGGGUUCAGCUCCCCUCCCCCAUUCUGAAUCCUUCUGUUCUCGUUUUUUUUUUUUCUCCUAUGAGAGAAAAGUACACUUAAGGUCAUCAAAAACAAAUAGUUGUCACGGGCUUUCCCACUUGUCUUCAGUUCCUACUGCCAGGACACUGUCCAGAUUCCUGUGUGUUCUCGAUGCACACAGACACUCACUGCCACUUAGAACUCAUAAAGUGAAGGAUGUAAAUUGGGAUACACAGACUGUUUCAGUGAACAGAUUUUGUGAAGUGCCUUCUGUUUUAGCACUUU